CUUGGCUGAGAUGCAACACUGGGCAGAAAACAGAGUCUGCUAGACCAUCGAAAUGACGGGUAGCAAUGCUGUCACCAAGUGGCAGAAACUCCUAUUAUUCUACCAAGGCAUUCUGGAAAAUGGAGACAAAAGGACAGACAAUUGGCUGCUGGUCUACUCCCCUGUGCCAAUUACCUGUAUAUUCCUGUGCUACCUGAUCACUGUAUGGGCGGGGCCAAAGCUGAUGGCGAACAGGCAGCCCAUCAACCUCAAACCCGUCCUGGUUGUUUACAAUUUUGCCAUGGUCUGCCUGUCUGCCUACAUGUUCUACGAGUUCACAGCAUCAUCUUGGUUGGCCGGUUACAGUUUGUUGUGCCAGCCGGUCGACUACAGCAACAAUCCACUGGCUCUACGGAUGGCCAGAGUUUGCUGGUGGUUUUACUUCUCUAAAGUCAUAGAGCUCAGUGACACGAUAUUUUUCAUUCUGCGGAAGAAGAACAGUCAGCUGACAUUCCUCCACGUCUAUCACCAUGCGACCAUGAUCUUUAACUGGUGGGCCGGGGUUAAAUAUGUAGCCGGGGGUCAGUCUUUUCUGAUUGGUCUGAUCAACACCCUGGUCCACAUAGUCAUGUAUUUGUACUACGGGCUCGCCGCUCUAGGGCCACACAUGAAUAAGUAUCUGUGGUGGAAGCGAUACCUCACUUCUCUGCAGCUGCUGCAGUUUUUCAUCGUCACCACGCACACCGCCUACAACCUGUUUGUCGACUGCAACUUCCCCGACUCCAUGAACGCUGUCGUGUUGGCCUAUUCGCUCAGCCUCAUUGUUCUCUUCAGUAACUUUUACUGCCAAAGCUACCUCACAAAGAAGACCAAAAGCACUUAAGGGACACAAGGGAUGCAAAGAAUAAUCAAGUCAAAGAGAAAUGAAACUGCCUUAAACCAAGAAAACGUGCCAGAAGAGCCAACAGUCGGAUAUGGCCGAAGCUUGAGACGACACAGACUGGAUAUUGGUACAGAGUUCUGUAUUCUACGGUACC